AUGAACACUCUGUCAAUGCACCUUAUGCUCACCGGCAGACAUACCCCGUCUUUACCCCCAACGAGCGAAGAGGAGGAGGAGAAGAAGAAGAGAGAAGAUGGCGAAGGGAGUCAAGUCAAGCCAGCGGUACCAGCGACGCCGGUCAAGUCGAGCGGAACGCACAACGAGGCUUCGGUGCGCUCCGGAAGCUCGUUCUCGACCCCAGCGACGGAUCGGAUGGAGUCGAUCGGCGAGCGUUCGGCGAGCUACGAGACGGCGAUUGAUUCCUCGGACGCCAGAGAAGACGAUGAAGAUGAUGACUGGGAUGUCAGGACUGUGAUGUCCGAGACUUCGGAAGCUGCGGUUGUGUCGGCAGGCCGCAGUGGAGGAUCGAGGUCGAUCACCCGCGACCUCUCCGAAACGUUCAACGACAUGCCGGGCCCCGAGCCCGCCUGCGACGCGGAUGGCGGUGCGACCGAGGGUUUCAAAGCCUCGGUGACGGUAAGAGGGGCAACUUCCAAGCCGGUUGGCACUCGUCCUCCCCUCAACGGCGAUACUCCGGCGGCCAACAAGGUUCUAGGCCGAUGCCUGGAGCUGAUGAAGACCAAAAGUGAGUGGAUGCAGUUGUUCUCCCCGAAGCAGGUCCGUCAGGCCAUCUGGAUGGACCUCGGAGGGGCUUUGGCAACGCCGAUCAACUCAACGAGCAUUCGGCAGGCCGCUCAGAACACUGUGGACCUCCUGCGUGCAAUGGGGUGCGAGCCCCAGAUUCUCCCGACGGAGCCUGCACUCGCGAGCUGGACGCCAACCACCGCCGCCAUGGCGCUUACCAAGUGGAGGAAGAAGUUACGUGAGGCCUUUGGGGUGGCAGACCGAGGCUCAACGAAGCUUCGUUCGACCCCGGGAGCGGUUGACCCCUCCAAGGUCCCGCUACCAGCGACCCCUCGGAAGGCAGCCACGGAUGACGGAUUCUUCGCAGUCAAGGGCGAGCGAGGCUUCGCCUUACAUGCAAGACUCGCACAUGGUAACCCCACGAUCUACGGACCCCGCCGUUAUGACCUCCGAGAUGGCUCGUCGGACAGUGACGAUGAUCUCGGGUCCGACUGUUACGAGGGCGACCUGCCAAACGAAUGGGCUCGUCAGGUGCGCGAACGGAGCGCGACUGACAAUCAUAGCUCAACCCCGAAGCUCGAGAUUACCACGUACCUACCUCUCUGCAACAUCAAGUCGUUCUACGGUUUGCGCGACAAGAGCGAACACUCCAUGCAGUGGCUUCGUACGUUCGUCUACGAGAUGAGGGGGACACAUGCACCGCCCAACGAGUGGUGCAUGCCGUUCGAACUCAAGCUCAGAGAUGGGGCUUUGUAUUGGUGCCGCCAGCUUCCACGCAAGACGAGACGCACGUGGAAACAGCUGUGCGAGGCAUUCAUUAAGUACUACUGCUCGAAGUUCUCCCAGUCUGCAAAGGCUUGGUACUACUCGGCCAAACGAGAGAACAAAGAGCAUGUAUGUGACUACCUCAACCGGCUCAACGGCUACGCUCACAACGCCGGGGUUCAGUUUGAGCACGGGGAUCGUGACGCGAAGGACCACGUCGAACACUUCUUAGUUACGUGUGAUGACCGAAACUUAGAAGACCGUCUGUGGCACGUUCGGGUCAAGAGCAUUCAUGUCCUCGAAGACAUGAUCAACGACAUUCUGCGUCACCGCGACCAAAAGUCGACUCGCGAAUCAUCGUUCCACCGCUCCCGCAGUCAAGAUGACAGACGCCGUCGCGACGCGCGGUCGAACGAGGAUUCUCGAAGUGGUUACCGCCGUGAACGACGUUACCGCGACGAGGACCGCCGCGAACGACGUUACCGUGACGAUGACCGCCGCACCGAUCUUCGUGACGAGGACCGCCGCCGUGACCGACGUGACGAGUCACCGCACCGGUCGAGGGUGACUUUGGUCGAUGCCCUUGCCGAUGUAAUGGCGGAAUGGAACGUCGGAGGCUCGGUCGGUGCACGCAACGAGACUCUAUACGCCCCCCGACGUGAUGCUGAGGCGAACGAGGAUUACUUCGAGGAUGAGCGCCAAUACUCGGACGACCAACGCUUGGACGAGGAUUCAGACGCUGAUCUCGACUCGGAUGGGUCUACCCGACUUGUCGCUGCCUCUAACAAUGCUGAGCGCAGGGCCGCAGCCGAAGGAAUGUUCGCUCGGUCUGAUAACCGACGCUUCAGGAACGGAGGAGGCCCGUCCAACCGUGAACGAGAUGGUCGACGCCAGUAUGGACCGUGUGCCGCGUGCGGAAGCCCGUCCCACUCGGUGCACUUCUGCUACCGGCGGUGCAAACUGUGCAAACAAGUGCACGACGCUGGGAAGUGUGAAGCACUCCAUGAGCUCACCAAGCUCCUGAAGUCCAAGGCCGACAAGAAGGAUCUGUCGCCAGAGUUGCAAAGCCUUUUAGCUGAGCCUGCUGUGGAUGCGGACUAUCUGUUCGCGUUCACGGGCGAAAGCAAACGGUCUGAUGACCUGAAGAACAAUGAACGUGUGAAACCGACGGAAAAUAGAGAGAACCGAGACGCAAGUCUCGUUGAGAUUGGUAUUGAUGAAGAUGAUGAUGAUGAACGUGAUGGACACCCGACCGAGGCUUUGAUCACAAGUCUGGGGACCACCUCGGAGCCUCGUUCGGGCGGUGAAAUUACUGCCCGCUUCGCCAAGCGGCUACAUGUGCGAGAAGUCCGAGACCACGGACGAAGUCUCGAAGUCCGCGGCAUCAACCCAGGGGUGAUGAAGACCCGGCGACGGACGCUCGUCAAGAUCACCCUCGGGUGGGAGCAGGUCUACGAAUUUGAAAUGUGGAUAAUGGAUCACAGUGCCGGAGUGGAUGUGGUCCUUGGGAUGGACUUCAUGAUCCCGGCUGGAAUCCGGCUGGAUCUAUUUCAUGGCACCGCACGCCUUCCGGACGAGGUCAUGAUACCACUGCUAAAGUCGCAGAGUGUUGAAGAUGACGAACCUUACGGCACGCAGCCUUCGUGUGGGCCGACCGAGGAUUUAUACGUACCCGGUCGCGAGUGGCGACAGUUUCGACUGCCGCGCCAGCGGCUACCUCGUUCGGAGUACGAUGUGUGGGUACGACGCACGGGCAAGCUCGUGCCGACCUGCGCCAAGCAUGACUCCGUGGUGCUGUGGGUACCGCAUGGUGAACUACCGCGAGAGACCGGCUACGCGAGGUUGGACUCUAACAAGUACAAAGAGUGGCAGGUGUUGGCCUAUUCAACGAGUCGUGAUGAGACUCUGCAAGGAAGAGAACGUCGUCUCUACGAGCAAUGGUUGGCUGAACAGCCGCCUGCGGUCGAGCGCCGAACUUACCCGACGCCGCGAAAGAUCCUGCCGAGGCCACCGGAUGCACCGCCAUGGCCAGAAGGCCGUCAACAAGCUCCGUUGGAUGAUGAGUACUCGUCACCCGAUGUACAUGGCUACGACGACGACCCCAGGGUCAGUGGAGGCUCGGUCGAUGUCGCUCGAGCUGAUACAACCGAUGUGGAUCGUGUUGGUGGGUCGAACGAUGGUUCGGACGACGAGGCCAGCGCGUCGGAUGACUCGGACGUACCCGGAGAUUCGCCGCCUAGCCGAGCGGGUUGCCUGCCCGUGAAUCCGAACAGUGGUGCUGACUCCACCGACCAGGGAGCGACAUACGCCUCGGUUGAGGCAUCGGGAGCCAGUGAUGAGCUGCGUGAUGGUGACAGCGUGACGAACGACGGUUCGGAGGAUGACCGCGACGUGGCGGCAGUGGCCAAGACAACUACAUCGGAUGUCCUGCCAACAGGGACCGCUGCGUCCAGCCUGGAGCCAGGAGAAACGCCGGCUGCGGUGUGUAGUAGCGAAGUCGACUGGGGUGUACACGACCCAGGGCCUAACGACGUUCCUACUGAAGCCGGAGCCUCCACCGCUGACGCCGACUCUGAAUUCCAUGAUUCGGAUGUAAGUGCGAUCGAUGACCCCGAGCAGCUACUGGAGGCGACCUAUAUCUUGGUCAUGCAUGCCAUGGUUGCAGAAGGGUCUGGCGAAGGUGAUGACACCGGUAACCCAGCUCGCGACGACAGACGAAAGAAGCUACUGGAGAUGAUGAUUGAACUGCCUGCGAGGGCUAUCCAGCUCGCAAAUGCCUCGGUCGGCACCUCAGAUGAAACGAAGAAGGAUGAAGCUCAACGGAGGGUGACCGAGGCUUCGGACGCCGAUAUUAACGUGGAAAAAGUUCGCGCCCGUGCGCCGGACCUCGGCUUGCGACGAAGUAUGGAUUUGAUGAUGAAGAGGAGAUACGAGUGGAUCUGGGACAGCUACGACCGACAUGAAGAAGCUGAAGGCACCACCGAUGUUUCUGGUGCGGUGGUUCCCGAGCCGCAGACAGAGGCAACUAAGCCCGAAUUGGUUACGACCACCGGAAAGUCCGGAUGGAACUGUGGAAAGAAGGCAGCGAAGUCACGGUCGACACAGCUACACUAUCUCCGAGUGAUAACGAAGCAAGUCAAGGUGGGACCGACGUUGGCGGUGCAGCGAUUCGUGGUCUUCAGGCUGGGUCAACCAUACCUGCUUCCUUUACGACCACCGAAGUUCCGACAACUAGCUACUGCAGAUGCCGGUGAUGCCGAGAAGUAUGCGACCGAGGUGUGUCGAGCGGCGGUCCGAUGGAACUUUGAGCCCCAGGUGAUGCAGCACUAUCAAACGCAGACGCCAAUGCUGUCGAGGAGACUGAGCCAAGGCAGGCCAGGGGCAGUCAGCGGGAUGGCGAUCAAGCGACCAACGUCGGACCAUACGACCACCGGAAUUCCGGUGAUGUGA